UUCUUAUGCACUCCAGCACCCCUAUCAGUUCCUUGUUCUCCUUCACCAGCCCUGCAGUGAAAAGGCUGCUGGGCUGGAAACAAGGAGAUGAAGAGGAAAAGUGGGCAGAAAAAGCUGUUGAUUCCUUGGUGAAGAAGUUAAAGAAGAAAAAAGGUGCCAUGGAGGAACUGGAAAGAGCUCUGAGCUGCCCAGGUCAGCCCAGUAAAUGUGUCACGAUCCCACGUUCCUUGGAUGGGCGGCUGCAGGUAUCUCACCGCAAGGGGCUUCCCCACGUCAUAUACUGCAGAGUGUGGCGCUGGCCUGAUUUACAGUCUCACCAUGAGUUGAAACCACUGGAAUGUUGUGAGUUCCCAUUUGGCUCAAAACAGAAAGAAGUGUGCAUUAACCCCUACCAUUACCGGCGGGUGGAAACCCCAGUCCUACCUCCUGUACUCGUUCCACGACAUAGCGAGUUUAACCCUCACCUCAGCCUCCUUGCCAAGUUUCGAAACACUUCUCUGCACAGCGAGCCGCUGAUGCCGCACAAUGCCACCUAUCCUGAUUCUUUCCAGCAUCCUCCAUGCACCCCUUUUCCAUCAUCACCCGGCCACAUGUUCUCCCAGUCGCCUAACAGCAUCAGCUACCCCAACUCACCAGGAAGCUCUUCUGGACCAGGAAGUCCCUAUCAGCUCACGGUGGAAACUCCACCACCGCCAUACCAUGCAAGAGAACCUCCAGGAACCCACAAUGGGCGGUCAAUGGAUGCAAUAGCUGAAAGUCAACUAGUGCUGUCUUUGCCCAAUGGAGGUAAAUCUGCCGAUGGAGAAGCUGAAA